AUGACCAAUCCUCCCCCAUCAAUAUCCAUCACACUCGCUAUCACACCGCCCAGGUUCCCCCUCAGUCCCAGCCAGCCACCGACAAUCACCUUAACAGCAGUUUCACAUUACCAUGAGCCAAUCACAAUAUUCACUCAAUCCAUAAUAUUCAACCUCGGUCUGAGCCAGCGUCGCAGUAAUUUCGUCUGUCGCGAUAUCACGACAGCAGAUAUCAAACCACUGCGCCUAAACUUCUCCAAAGGCGGAAAGCGCCCAGCCUUCAGUCGUGAGUCGGGUGGGUCUGAUGAUCGCUUUUUCGUUACAUUAGAGCCCGACACACCUACUGAGUUCCAGGGGGCGUUUCGCCGGUCAAAUGGAUUAAGAGAUCAAAGUUCGCUCGAAGUUGGACAUCGAUAUUGGUUUGGGAUAAAGGAGGAUCAGGUAGUGGCCUGGUGGCGGGUUGGAAGGAAGGCGGAGGUGAUGGCUCCCCCAGGUGAACGGGCUUCGCUGGGGGAGGCAAGCGGGUGGGAUAUUGCUGUAAAGGUAGAGGGGGUAGAAUUUGAGGUGACAUAA